AUGCGCAACCUUCCGGUUCUAUCUGCUCCCGAGCCGAAUGAGAAGCUCUUUCUGUAUCUUGGGGUAUCCAGUAUAGCGACUAGUGCCGUUCUGAUCCGUUGCAAACAAGGAAAGCAAUUCCCGAUAUUUUAUGUUAGCAAAAUAAUGUCUGAGCCGGAAAGAAUGUACUCAAGGGCCGAACGAAUGAUCUUGUCGCUGGUCAACGCAAAAAGGAAGCUUAGACAUUAUUUCGAAUCUCAUCCGAUCGUCGUUUUAACAACUUUCCCUUUAAGAAUGAUCCUGCACAAACCGGACCUAUCGGGGAGAAUGACCAAGUGGGCCAUUGAAUUGAGUUCAUUUGAUAUUGCGUACGAGCCCAGGACGGCAAUCAAAGGUCAAGCGGUGGCGGAUUUCCUACUUGAAUGUGAUGCUGAAGAUUUAGUGGAGGAUUACUUGUGGAAACUCUUCGUGGAUGGCUCUUCGAAUCAAAUGGGGGUAGGGAUUGGAAUCCAAUUGCGAACACUAGAAGGAACCACGCUGAGCCAAGCAAUAAGACUUGAAUUCAACGCAACCAACAAUGAGGCAGAAUACGAGGCUUUGAUAGCUGGGCUGAAGUUGGCUAAAGAACUGAAGAUCAAGAAUCUGAUUGCUUAUAAUGAUUCACAACUAGUCAUUCGGCAAGUCACUGGGGAAUAUGGGACCAAGGAUAAGACCAUGGAAGCAUACCAAACUGCGGUUCUGCGUGAGGCGAAAGGUUUCGAUCAGAUCAGGUUCAUCCAAUUGCCAAGAGAGUAUAACGAAGAUGCCAACCGCUUGGCUUGUAGUGCAUCCAGUUCUGGAGAGACUUUGGCUAGGGUCAUCCCGGUUGACGUGCUGGUCCAACCUUCCAUUUUUUAUGAGCUGCCUAAUCCGAGCACUCAGCAUUAUAAUGUUAUACCAUAUGAGCCGAGCUGGAUUGAUCCGAUAAUGGCUUUCAUACGUAAUGGUGUACUCCCCGAGCAGAAGGACGAGGUAAGAAAAAUUAGGUCCAAUGCUAUAAAGUAUGCCAUUGUGCGUGAUCAGUUGUAUAGACGCUCCUUUUCGGGUCCAUAUUUGAAGUGUGCUACCCCAACAGAGGCUAGACAGAUUAUGCGAACCAUUCAUGAGGGAGUAUGCAGAAAUCAUUCAGGAGGAAGAUCUUUAGCACACAAAGCAAUGACACAAGGGUACUUCUGGCCAAACAUGGCACGAGAUGCAGAGGAAUUCUCUAGAAGAUGCGAUAAAUGCCAGAGGUUCGGGCCAUUGAUACAUCAACCACCUGAAGACCUGCAUGUAAUGGCCACCCCAUGGCCUUUUGCGCAGUGGGGGAUGGAUGUGGUUGGCCCUUUGCCGACGGCAAAAUUGCAGAAUAAGUACGUUCUGCUAGCAACUGAUUACUUCACCAAAUGGGUAGAAGUAGAGCCGUACCCUAGUGUCACCCAAACUCAAGUAAGACGCUUCAUCUGGAAUAAUAUUAUCUAUCGUUUUGGCGUGCCAAGGUCAAUCGUGAUGGACAAUGGGACCAACCUUGAUAGCAAGCAAGUGAAAGAGCUGCUGGAAGAAUAUGGAAUCAACCAGAAAACAACCCCACGAUGGCUGACUGGAGAGAGCCCAUUCGCUAUGGCAUAUGGCACCAAGACGAUGAUACCAGUCGAGCACUUGGUUCCAACUGUAAGGAGCUUGGCGUGGGAUCAAGAGCAGAAUGAUAGAAUGCUAAGGUUUAAUCUCGAUUUGCUGGAGAAAAAAAGGGAUGCGGCUGCAGUAAGGCUUGCCUCUUAUCAACAGACGCUUGUGAAUAGCCAUAACAAGAAGGUGAGGCACAAAGACUUCGCUCUUGGUGACCUGGUUCUGAAAAGGAAGGUGGGAAUAGUCAAAAAGAUGUUCUCCCCAUGGGAAGGUCCAUACAGAAUAGCAGAGGUCAUAAGGAAGGGGGCGUACGUCCUAGAAACUAUGGUAGGAAGGGUGGUCAAUAAGCUAUGGAAUGCUACGUCCCUGAAAAGGUACUACCAGUAG